GCGGGGAGACGCAGGCGCGAACCUGCGCAGGCGCUGGGGCCACCCCUGGGACCCCUGGGGCCGGGGAGUGUUCCAUCCGCCAGCCACCGGGCAUCGGGCGCGAGAGGAGGCGGGCGGCAGGCGAGCACGAGCGGAUCCAAGUUUCUUCACCAUGGGAAUGUGGUCCAUUGGUGCGGGGGCUAUAGGGGCUGCUGCCUUGGCACUGCUCCUGGCCAACACAGACGUAUUUCUGCCCAAGCCCCAGAAAGCCACGCUGGAGUAUCUGGAGGAUAUAGACCUGAAAACACUGGAGAAGGAACCAAUGACUUUUAAAGCAAAGACGCUCUGGGAGAAUAAUGGAGCUGUGAUUAUGGCUGUGCGGAGGCCAGGCUGUUUCCUCUGUCGAGAGGAGGCUGCAGACCUGUCCUCCCUGAAGCCCAAGUUGGACGAGCUGGGCAUCCCCCUCUACGCAGUAGUAAAGGAGCAGGUCAAGACUGAAGUGAAGGACUUCCAGCCUUAUUUCAAAGGAGAAAUCUUCUUGGAUGAAAAGAAGAAGUUCUAUGGUCCGGAAAGGCGGAAGAUGAUGUUCAUGGGAUUUGUCCGUCUGGGUGUCUGGUACAACUUCUUCCGGGCCCGGAGUGGAGGCUUUUCUGGAAACCUGGAAGGCGAGGGCUUCAUCCUUGGGGGAGUUUUUGUGGUGGGACCAGGAAAGCAGGGCAUUCUUCUGGAGCACCGAGAAAAAGAAUUUGGAGACAAAGUAAACCUAACUUCUGUUCUGGAAGCUGCUAGGAAGAUCAAACCACAGACUUCAGCCUCAGAGAAAAAAUGAUGGUGUGAAACUGCCCAGCUCAGGGAUAACUAGGGCUCUCACCUGUGUUCAUGGGAUGUGUUGUGUUUCCACUGCUGCCCCUCAGGAGUUAGAAACCCAUUUAUGCCAUAUUCUCCGUAUAGACAAUUAACAUAUUUUAAUAUUGUACUCUGUUUAGGCCUAAUAAGGCAAAAUAACCCCCAAACAAGACUGAUAAAAAUCUAAUUAAUGAGGCUUAUUUCAGCUAAAACCUGGAAAAUCUGAGGCUUAAAGUUGACUGCUACACCUCAUUACAAACAUAUAUGGUGUUUGAGUGCUGUUAUUUGAAAUGAUUUUCAUUUUCCUGUCUUUAAAAAUCUAAGAAAAGUUGGUGAUUGACUUGAAGAUUAACGGUAUAAGGUUCUGGCUUGUGUUUUCAAUGAAUGAUUCAUGUUAGUGAUUCAUUCAUGUUAGUGAUUUUGCUGUCUUUCCUAGAGGAAUGACUUGGCAUUUAAAAUUGGUAGCUGCUUUCCUAUUGAUGGUUUUCUAGCCUAAUUUGGUGACCGAGGAGGAAAAAGGACAGAGAAGAUGAAAUGUAACUUAGUUCAUUGGUUUGUUAUGAUUUAUUAUAUUAUGUUAAAGUAAUGCUCGUAUAAAAGAACUGAUGUGCUUUGGAUGGCUUGAUAAAGGUAAACUAUAAAGUGAAA